AUGCCUAGAAAAAGAACAAAUCCUAGUGCAAUUAAACAAUCUAGUUCAAGAAAAAAAAGUAAUAAAUCAAGAAUGAAAGUUACAAAACAACGACAUGAACAAUUUGUAGCCAAAAAAGAUCCAAUGCCAGGCAACCUAUCCCUAUCCGAUACUCAAGAAGAUUUAAUCCAAGAAAUGGAUUAUUUGUCACAAAAGCCAUCAGAUAAUACAACUGGGCUGCCAUCUGGGCAACAAGAAAAUGAAAAUGAACAAAAUAAGAAUUGGCAAAUCCCUGACGUAAAUAUCGAGCUUAUUUUACCUCAAAAGCGCACAAGAAACACAAAUCGUGUUCCGAUUAUCGGUAGAUCUAAUGAUGAUAACCUUUUUGAGGAUUCAGAUGCAAAU